CAUAUCGAUACCUUGACAAGCGCCGGCCCGUGUCUAAUAAUGAGCGCUCAGAGUAGAAAGCAAGUAAGGAACUAAGACCGUUUAGGUCUGGGGCGGUUGCUGCCUUCUGGAUGAAUGCUUCGAGGAUGAUUAGAUAGAGUACGGCGCUUGUCCACAACCAUUUGCGUGGGGUGAAGAUCCGAAAGCCCGGCGGCUUACAAUACGGAAGUUCAGCUUGACAGGGGAUGGGUGCGGAUGCAAGUGCGGAUGUGGCUAUGACUACCGCAGGAAGAUACGACACUGAAAUAAGGUGAGAGAAAUUGGUCGUUGUCUACUGGAUAUAAGGCGCGUAGAAGAACCCCCUAGUUGAGUCUGUUCCUCUUUAUUCGUCAACCUUUCUGUCGCUCUCUUGGAAGUUUUUCCUCUCUUCUGCUUCUUUCAUAUCACUCUCAACUCCAAUCGCUGAACUCGAACAACCACCCCUUCAAGCCCACCAUCAAGAUGCAUUUCUCAACCUUUCUCCUCCCUCUCACGCUCGCUAUCACCGCGGUCUCCGAACCGCUAGCCGAGCCGAAGGCCCUCCCCGCCGGCAUCAAAUACGCUGCCCAAUUCCGCCGCGAGCCCACGCAGCUGAUGCGCCGUCUCGACGUCGAUCCAGAGCUCGUCUGCGGCGACAACUACAACGACUGCGGCAACGGCUUCUGCUGCUCCUCCUCCGCUCAAUGUGCCGGCGAAAUCUACGAUAUCCCCGUCUGCAAGGACCCCACUGUAACGGACGGGCCAUUCCAGGGAACGGCUGCGGCGACUCCCUACAAGGACGUGGAAGGCGUGCUUUCAAGCUUGGGCUCGGUAUUGGCCGAGAUCACAGCGGGGAACAUUCCGACGCAGUUUGGCGGUGCUUCGACAGCUACGGGCUCAGUGCAGGGUGGGCAGGAGACUGGUGGUGCGGGACUGGCUGGACCGGCGGCGUUUGGGAAGACUGCGGGCGUAGUGGCAGCGAUCUGGGGCGUUGCUGCUCUUGGUGGCGCUGGAUGGCUCUUGCUAUAA